AUGAACACUUCAAAGGUUACUUAUGUGGUUUCUGUCUGUUUGUCGGCUCUUUUCACACGAAAGAACAAGAACAAAACGAAAUCUCUCGCCUUUUUUGAGUGAACUAUUGAGAAAAACUAGAUAUUUUUUUCUUAUGUUUCUUACAGCUUUUCGAGGAAUUGCAAUCAAAAGGUGUGGAAUGUAACACGGAAGAUACAAUGAUUGAUGAAUUGAUGAAAAAUGCGAUUUUAGCGUUGAGAACUUGUUUGGUGGAGUUGCAAAAAGUUUCGACACUCUCGGAUAAUUUCAAGGCAAAGUAUUUAGGUUUGUUUGGCUCUUGUAUUUGACGUUGGGGUAAACUGGGGAAAAACAAUUGUCUCAAUUUUUCAGAUUAUUGUCAGUUUUGAAAUCCGAAUAAUAAAAAAAAUGGAAAUUUUGGAAUUAAAAAUAUCAGAAAUGUGUGCUUCAAAAAAUCAGAAAAAAUCCCACUUGAAAUUUCAAAGUUUUACACAAUUCUAACCGAACUUGUAGGUUUCUAACUAUUGUAACUUCUGUCCCAGGGAAUAAAAUAAAAAAAUUUCGAAACCAGAAUCAAGAACCUCUCAAAAAUCCUCUCAUGUUUUUCAGCAACUUUGAAACGUACAGUUUGCCACGAAGCCUUGAUUGGCACAAGUGUUGACAGCGACGAUGAACUGAGCGAUCCAACCCCAAAUUUGGAUGAAUCUGGCUCAUCAAAUGUUGUCGAAUCAGCUUUGGCAACUCUUCAAACAGUUGGAGGAACUCUCUCGAUUCCACUUCAUAUUACCCAACAAUCAAUAACUAUGAUCCCAUCAGCAACUCAAAUUGAAAGAAAUGUCGAAUUUUUGAAAAGAGUAGGCUUUAUUUUUAGAAUUUUCAGAAAAUUCUCGAUAUUAUAUGAAAUUUUUUUAGCUUGGUUAUCCUGGAGAAUUGAUGGCAAAAUUGGCGGAAGUAAAAAGUGCAGAAAACUCGCCUGACAAAAGUGAAGAGGAAAAACAUCUUCUUUGCGAUCUGGCUCAAUAA